GUACGGAUCGGUUAUUGGUCUAGCGUCCAUGAUUUUACUGUGAACAGAAAGCUAACCUGUUUGCAGUUAAUUUUUAACUAAAUAGGCAAUAUUAAAAUAAUUCGAAAAGAGACCACGUUUACGGAUAUAAAAUAUUUUAAACAUGCCGAUAUACGAGUUACCACUGCUUCUUCGUAUUAUGCCAAAAGUAUGUUCCAUAUUAAAUUCGGAAUAAUGCAUAAUGUUAGUUAUGAACCUGAAAUUGUGUCCACGCUAAAGAGAGCAGCUACUGCAAUUUUUGAGAAAGGUGGAUUCAUUCGAAAAAUUGAAAACUUGGGUCAAAAAGAUUUACCAGCCAAGACAAGUUCUCAUGGUGUUGUAAGUCGUCAGGCUCAUUAUUUUGUGAUAUAUUUUGAUGUUCCACCAAAACAUAUUUCCAAUCUGGAGGAUAUAUUUAACCGUGAUAUUGAUAUUGUGAGAAACAGAAUAUAUAAACACGAUCUAACUGUCAACAACAAGCCCUGCACUUUGGAAGAUGAAUUAAAACCUCCACCAUACAGGCGAGACGUUCAAAAGUUAUUGAAAAUCACAGAAAGACAAGAAAGCAGAAAGAAGAAGUUCUCUUAUAAAUCAGGAUUGAAUUAUUAUCCAUUCCAGAAGUAGAUAGAUAAAAACCAGUCUGAAUUUCGUUGAAUAUUUCACCAUUAUAUAAAGUACAUUCUGUCACAGUAGUAUGUAAUAUAGAUUUUUGUUCUAAAAAAAAGUGUUUAAUCAUUCAAGUUGUCACUCAUCCUUCAUGGCAACACCAACUAAUCAUAAACUGAAUACUGCAAAGACAUUUAGUGUUCCUUACGAUGCCUUGUUUAUUAAUUCUCAUUCUCAGUACAUUAUGAAAUUUUGUUAUCGUAUAUAGUAUAACCACCAAAAAAUGUUUGUACAAAAUACUUAAUAUAAUCGUUUCUAUAUAUCGUUUAUUAUUACCAUAUAAUAAUUAUCUCACGUACAACAUGAUGAACUCGUUGAACAUUUUGGUCAAAUCGUAAUGCGCAAAGAACUAUAUAGUAACAGCAGUAGAAUGUCUAGCUAUAUUACUAUAAUCCAUCCGCAAUAAUACGAAACAAUGCUCCCUAAUAUUUUGUUGUGCAAUCAUCGCGCAAAAUCUCUGGUUCUGACAUUUACAAAAAAAAA